GUAACGUAGCAGUUUUGCGCCGGAAGUGACGUAAAGAAGUGCUUCCUGCACCAAGACCGGCAAGAUGGCGGCGGACACGCAGGUUUCAGACACCUUGAAGAAAUUUGCUGUGAAUGUGACAACGGCGAGCGUGAAAGAGCGCAAAAAGAUCUUCAGAGAUCUGAAAGAGUGUAUAAAGGGCAAAGAGUUACCGGAGCCCGCCAUCAAAGGACUAUGCAAGCUCUUCUGUCUCACUCCACACAGAUACCGGGAUGCUGCAUCCCGCAGGGAACUCCUCUCCGUCAUCGCCCAGCUGGCCGAGAGUCAGCCCAACAUCCUGGCCACAAGCCUCAUUCACAGCCUGCUCAACAGCGGAGUCAUCAGCAAGAAUGGCGAGCCCAGUAAGAGUGCAGGCUCUGCCGCCUUCAUCUGCCUGUCCUGGACCUGCCUCUUAGUCCGCACUGUUUUUUCAGCCCCAGAGAAAAGAGAAGGACCUGUCUGGAGGAAAAUGGUGGAGGUUCAGAGCCUCCUUGUGGCUGAGGUUGUGGGCGGAGCCAAGACCACUGCUCAGAAAUCCAGCCUCAAGAAUCUCAGUCACCUUUGGGUGGAGAACUCUGGACUCGUUGAUGAAUACAUCAGCACACUGUUGACUCUGGACCAGAGCCCCACCUCACUGGCAAUGCUGGGGGUGUGUCUAGACUUCUGCACUGCUCAGAAGGACAAAGCUACAAUAGAGAAGCACAAGAGCCCCCUCUUGGACCUGUACAUAAAGUCAGUCCUCAUGAGCAAGACCAAACCAUGGCAGCACGUCUUGGAGAAAAGUGGAUCUUUGCUCCGUCAUGUGUCCCACUCCGACUUCAAGGAGCUGCUUCUCCCCACGCUGCAGAAGACGAUGCUCCGCAGUCCAGAGAACGCCAUGCAGACCGUCUCCUGUCUUCUGUCUGCUGUGACUCUGGACCUCAGUCAGUAUGCCAUGGACAUCGGAAAAGCCGUUGCAAGCCAACUGAAAGCCAAUAAUCCUCAGCUGAUGGAGGAGGCGGUCCAGGCCAUGCAGCACCUGGUUCAGCAGUGCAGUGACUCCUCCUCUGUGCAGGACAUCGUCACUCACCUCUUCAAGAUCCUUGGAGGCUCUGAGGGGAAGCUCACCGUCGUUGCUCAAAAAAUGAGCGUGUUGUCAGGGAUCGCAAGCUGCAGCCACCAUGCUGUGUCAGGAACUUCGAGCCAGACUCUGAGCUCUGCCGUCACUGUCAUGUUCAUCCCUUAUCUACAACAAGAAGUUCACGAGGGCACCUUGGUUCAUGCCGUGUCCGUGCUCGCCCAGUGGAGCGGCCGCCUCACAGUGGAAGUCCCAACUGCUCUGAUGGAUUGCUUUAAGAAGGCAUUCACCCUCAAGACCUCCACCUCUCUGGUUCGAAACGCCUAUCUUCAGGCUAUGCUGGGGGCCUUCAGAGGGGACACUCUGGCUCAAGCCUCAGACUUCAUGCCUCUGCUCCUGCAAACAGUGGAGAAGGCGGUAGCACAAAACUCCCAACAUGCUCUGCUUGCAGAAGGCGUGUCGGCGUCUGUGCUGUUGAGCCGACUGGCGCUGCUGGAGACACAGACAGAGGCGAAGUUUUCUAACUUUUGGAGUCUGAUCUUGGAUGAGAAGAAGCCACUCUUCACAACAGAGAAGUUCCUCUCCCAGGCCAGCGAGGAAACUCUGCUCACAGUCCUGCUGCUCUGUGAAAGGAUCGUCCUCGACCACGCUCAUCGACUCAACACCAGCAAGACCCAGAUGUAUCAUCACGCCAUCGUUGAGGUUCUGCUGUCGCGAAGCUGGCGCGUCAGGAAGCGUGCGCAGCAGACAGUCAGGAAGUUGCUCUCCUCUCUGGGUGGAUCAAGUCUAGCCCAGGGCCUUCUGGGAGAACUGCGUGUGGUCAUCAACAAACACAAGAUUCUGCCCCAAGACGUCCUGGUGUCGGAGUCUGGAGAGCUGACUGAGCUGGGGCGCAGCUACGUUCCCCCCCGCGCCCUGCUCGAUGCUCUGUGUGUCGUCUGUUCUUCUGCCGGCCAAGGGGGCGAUCCCAGCGAAGCCGAGAAUCUGGCCAUGGAGACCCUAAUAGUGACUCACCAUCCAUCCAUCGUUGAAGCUCGCCGUGGUCUCUGGCCUUUUCUUCUCCUCUCCAUGAACAUUAAAGCUGAUGAGUUUAUAGAGAAGAAUCUGGACGCUAUUCUGCCACGUCUCCUGGAGGUCAAUGCUGACAACAAGGCUGUGAAAAAUGCAGUCGGCGCCCUCUGUGGCCUUUCCCCUAACAAGCUGUUGCCGCGGGUGAUCAGUCACGUCACUGAGGGUCUUGGUAAACCCUCUCUGCUCCAAGUCACCAGGGAGGAAUACGCCAUCAUGCUCACACCUGAGGGGAAACUAUACGACGACAGCAUCAUCCAAAGCGCUCAGAAGGAAAGCACCAAGAAAGCCAACAUGAAGCGGGAGAACAAGGCCUACUCUUACAAGGAGCAGAUCAUUGAACUGGAGUUACAGGAGGAGAUGAAGAAGAAGAAAGGGAUCAAAGAGGAACUGCAGUUAACCAGCAAACAAAAGGAAAUAAUGCAGAACCAGCUGGAAAAGGAGGCCGCGAUCCGCAAGAGACUGCAAGGGCUGGAUGACGAGUUGCAGAGCUUGCUGGGUCUCCUGGAAGCCACCCUGAUUGAGAGACCACCUGAGAUCACACGGGAGCUCCCUUUUGUGCUCCAGGCCCUGAUCCCCCUGCUGAACUCCCCUCUGGCUGCUCCCCGCGUCCAGCAGCUCUUCUUAGACACAGGAGUGUGCCUCAUGCCUAAACACCUUCAUCACCUAGCCGUGCUCGUGGGACAUGUGACUUUACGCCUGCUGAAGCCAGAAUGUGAGCUGGACGAGGACUGGGGCCAGGAGGACCUGGACACUGCAGCCCAUCGCACAAUACUAGUGCUACACAACCUCACCGUCCCACAGAGAGACGCCAAGACUGGAGACGACGCUCGACUGUCUGCCCCCGCCUUCUCCUUCUGCUUCCCCCUCCUAAACGUCAUGCUCAGAGACUCUUCAGGCAGCACCGAGGAGACUGAGAACCUGAUGGCCCGAGCGUUACAAGUGGUCACUGAACACUCCCAGCUCCGGGCCACCACGGAGAGCCAUGACCUCACUAUAGACGAGAACGGACCCGAGCUGCUUCCUCGUGUCAACAUGCUGCUGCUGCUCACAAGAGUCAUCUCCACAGCCACUCCAAGACUCCAGGUGUUGGCCGCUCAGUGCCUGACAGCGCUGUGUGCCAGUGCAGGAGGAGGGGUCGGCUGCACAGUGGCAGAGCAGCAAGAGAUAGACGUCCUGCUCAGCGCCCUGCUGUCGCCCUGCUUCUCUGUCCGGGACGCCGCCCUCAGGGGACUGUUGGAGAUGGAGUUUGCCCUGCCCACUGAGAGCUCGGAGACCACCGGCCUGAGCUUACUGCGCCGGCUUUGGGUUGCCAAGUUUGAUGUUGAGGAGGAGGGCCGAGCCUUAGCUGAAAGACUCUUGGAGUCUCUGAAUCUGGAGUUGGUACCUGAGAUCUGCUCCCUGCUGAUUGGAGAUGUCACCCACCAUGAAGAAGCAGUCCGCUCUGCAGCAGCUGAAGCUCUGUCGAGCGCUGUUUCCCAGUACAGAGACCAGUCUGCUGCAGUGCUCGGCCAGCUUACUGAGCUCUACCAUGAGAAACUCUAUAGACCCCCUCCUGUGCUGGAUGCUUUGGGCAGAGUCAUCUCUGAAUCUCCUCCUGACCAAUGGGAAGCCAGGUGUGGAAUCGCUCUGGCGCUGAACAAGCUGUCCCAGUAUCUGGAUGAAUCUCAGGUCACCCCUCUCUUUCUCUUCUUCGUUCCCGAUGCACUGAACGAUCGCCACCCUGAGGUGCGGCGCUGCAUGCUGGAUGCCGCCCUCUCUGCUCUUAACACACAUGGAAAGGAUAACGUCAGCUGCCUGCUUCCAGUUUUUGAGGAGUUUCUGAAAAACGCCCCCCAGGACGCCAGCUACGACUCUGUGCGUCAGAGCGUGGUUAUUCUCAUGGGCUCCUUGGCCAAACAUCUGGACAAGAAUGACCCCAAGGUCAAGCCCAUCGUGGCUAAGCUCAUCACUGCCCUCUCCACACCUUCACAGCAGGUCCAGGAAUCUGUUGCGGGUUGUUUACCUCCGUUAGUCCCUGCUAUAAAGGAAGACGCUGCAGGAAUAGUGAGGAACCUUUUACAGCUGCUGCUGGAGAGCGACAAGUACGCAGAGAGGAAGGGAGCAGCUUACGGACUGGCCGGCCUGGUCAAAGGUCUCGGCAUCCUGGCACUCAAACAGCAGGAAAUUAUGACCACACUGACCGACGCCAUCCAGGACAAGAAGAACUUCAGACGGAGAGAAGGAGCUCUGUUUGCCUUUGAGAUGCUGUGCAACAUGCUGGGGAAGCUGUUUGAGCCUUACGUGGUUCACGUGCUGCCACACCUCUUGCUCUGCUUUGGAGACGGGAAUCAGUACGUCAGAGAGGCUGCAGACGACUGCGCCAAGGCUGUGAUGAGAAACCUGAGUGCCCAUGGAGUUAAACUGGUGCUCCCCUCCCUGCUGGUGGCCCUGGAGGAGGAGUCCUGGAGAACUAAAGCAGGCUCAGUGGAGUUGCUCGGUGCCAUGGCGUUCUGUGCUCCCAAGCAGUUGUCCUCCUGCCUGCCCAGCAUCGUUCCCAAGCUGACUGAAGUGCUGACCGACUCCCACGUGAAGGUGCAGAAGGCCGGCCAGCAGGCCCUCCGACUCAUCGGCUCUGUUAUCCGCAACCCUGAAAUCUUGGCCAUCACCCCCAUCCUGCUGGAUGCUCUCACUGAUCCGUCCAGGAGGACUCAGACAUGUCUGCAGACGCUGCUGGACACUAAGUUUGUACACUUCAUCGACGCCCCCUCUCUGGCCCUGAUCAUGCCCAUCGUCCAGAGAGCCUUCCAGGAUCGCUCCACCGACACUCGUAAGAUGGCCGCUCAGAUCAUCGGCAACAUGUACUCCCUGACUGACCAGAAGGAUCUGUCACCUUACCUACCAAGUGUCAUUCCUGGACUGAAGGCCUCCCUGUUGGACCCGGUGCCUGAGGUACGUACGGUUUCAGCCAAAGCCCUGGGCGCCAUGGUGAAGGGGAUGGGUGAAUCCUGCUUUGACGACCUGCUGCCGUGGCUCAUGGAGACCUUGGCGUCUGAACAGAGCUCUGUAGACCGCUCCGGAGCUGCACAAGGUCUGGCUGAAGUGAUGGCCGGACUGGGAGUUGAGAAGUUAGACAAGCUGAUGCCAGACGUCGUACAAACAGCCAGCAAGGUGGACAUCGCGUCCCACGUCAGAGACGGCUACAUCAUGAUGUUCAUCUACCUGCCGCUGACCUUUGGAGACAGGUUCACUCCCUAUGUCGGGCCGAUCAUCCCCUGCAUCCUCAAGGCUCUGGCCGAUGAGAAUGAAUAUGUGAGAGACACCGCGCUCCGAGCAGGCCAGCGAAUCAUCAGCAUGUAUGCUGAGACCGCCAUUGCGCUGCUGCUUCCCGAGCUGGAGCAGGGUCUGUUUGACGACCUGUGGAGGAUCAGGUUCAGCUCAGUGCAGCUGCUCGGAGAUCUGUUGUUCCACAUCUCUGGAGUGACCGGGAAGAUGACCACGGAGACGGCAUCUGAGGACGACAACUUUGGAACGGCUCAAUCCAAUAAGGCAAUCAUCGGGGCUCUUGGCGGUGAGCGGCGUAACCGGGUCCUGUCCGGUCUCUAUAUGGGCCGUUCAGACACUCAGCUGGUGGUCCGACAAGCUUCCCUCCAUGUGUGGAAGAUAGUCGUGUCCAACACACCCAGAACUCUCCGAGAGAUCCUCCCGACCCUCUUCAGUCUGCUGCUGGGCUUCUUGGCUUCCAACUGUCCCGACAAGAGAACGAUCGCUGCCAGGACGCUGGGUGAUCUGGUCCGAAAGCUAGGAGAGAAGAUUCUUCCUGAGAUCAUCCCCAUCCUGGAGGAGGGGCUGCGCUCUGAGAAGAGUGACGAGAGGCAGGGAGUCUGCAUCGGCCUCAGCGAGAUCAUGAAGUCCACCAGCAAAGACGCGGUGCUGGUCUUCUCAGAGUCCCUGGUCCCAACAGUGAGGAAGGCUCUCUGCGACCCUCUGGAGGAGGUCCGAGAGGCUGCAGCCAAAACCUUUGAGCAGCUGCACGCCACAAUCGGCCACCAGGCGCUGGACGACAUCCUGCCGACGCUGCUCAAACAGCUGGAUGACGAGGACACGGCAGAGUUUGCCUUGGACGGUCUGAAGCAGGUCAUGGCGGUGAAGAGUCGCUCUGUGCUGCCUUACUUAGUGCCAAAGCUGACGGCUCCUCCUGUGAACACCCGUGUGUUGGCGUUCUUGUCGGCGGUGGCGGGCGAUGCUCUGACACGCCACCUCGGGGUCAUCCUGCCCGCCAUACUCUCCUCCCUGAAAGAAAAGCUGGGAUCGGAGGAUGAAGCCCAGGAACUGUGCAGCUGUCAAACUGUGAUCCUCUCCGUGGAGGACGAGGUCGGCCAGCGGAUCAUCAUAGAUGACCUGCUGGAGGCCGCACGAGGCCCCGACCCUGGCCUCAGACAGGCCGCCGUCACCAUCCUCAACGGCUACUUCGCCCGCACUCGCCUGGACUACAGCGCUCACACUCGCACGCUGCUGUCGGGGCUGAUCCGCCUUCUGAAUGACUCCAACCCGGACGUCCUGGUUCAGAGCUGGGACACCAUCAACUCCAUCACCAAGAAACUGGAUGCCAGCAGCCAGCUGGCUCUGAUUGAUGACCUGCAUCGAGACAUCAGAUCAGUAGCUGCAGACGUGAAGGGUCAGCACCUGCCUGGAUUCUGUCUGCCCAAAAAGGGUGUGACCUGCAUCCUGCCUGUGCUCAGGGAAGGUGUCCUCACUGGUAGUCCAGAGCAGAAGGAAGAGGCUGCUAAAGCAUUAGGAGGGGUGAUUAAACUGACCUCCCCUGAGGCACUGCGGCCCUCGGUGGUGAACAUCACAGGACCACUCAUCCGCAUAUUGGGAGACCGAUUUGCCUGGACAGUCAAGACGGCUCUGUUGGAGACUCUCACCCUGCUGCUUGCAAAGGUGGGCAUUGCCCUGAAGCCCUUCCUGCCUCAGCUGCAGACGACCUUCUUGAAAGCUCUGCAGGACUCGAGCCGCGCCGUCAGGCUGAGGGCCGCCGAGGCUCUCGGUCAGCUGGUGUCCAUUCACUCUAAGGUGGACCCGCUCUUCACCGAGCAGCUCGCUGCCAUCCGCAAUGCUGAGGACUCCGGAGUCAGAGAGACCAUGCUCCAGGCUUUAAGGUUUGUCAUCCAGGGGGCCGGGGCCAAGGUGGACCCAGCCAUCCGCAAGACCAUCACCCCCACAUUACUGGGCAUGCUGGGACAUGACGAGGAUGCAACACGUAUGGCGUCGGCUGGCUGUAUCGGUGAGCUGUCUGCCUUCCUGUCAGAAGAGGAGCUGAAGACUUUGUUACUUCAGCACGUCUUGGCGGACGUGUCCGGUGUCGACUGGAUGGUACGUCAUGGCCGCAGCUUGGCACUGGCCAUAGCUGUGAAAUGUGCUCCUGAGAAGCUGUGUGGGAAGGACUACUGUGACACGGUGAUGGAGAGCGUGUUGGCUAAUGCCACCGCUGACCGGAUUCCCAUAGCGACCAGUGGGAUCAGAGCGAUGGGAUACCUGAUGAGGCAUCAUCUCCAAACUGAAGGAGGCAGCAGUGUUUCCCAGCGCACCAUCACACAGUUUGUCAAGUGUCUUCAGAAUCAGUCGAGUGACAUCAGACUGGUGUCGGAGCGGGUGCUGUGGUGGGUUUUCAAAGACCCAGCUACGCCCUCCAUGGAGGCCAGUCUCAUCAAGCCCCUGCUGAAGAGUCUGCUGGACAACACCAAGGACAAGAACACCAGCGUCAGAGCUCAGAGUGAACACACCAUAGUGAACCUGCUGCGGCUCCGCCAGGGAGAGGAAACUAUGCAGAGUAUUUCUGCCAUUCUGGACUCUGCUAGCAACGACCUGCUGUCUGAGUGUCAUCGGCGCUCCUUGAAGAAAAUCUCCAGCCAGCCAGACUCCAAUCAGGAGCCUGCGCAGUGUGUGCUGGGUGACACUUGGGUGCAGCAGCUCCACCAGAGAAGGAAGCGGAGUUUCCGGCUGUUUGAAGCGGAGUGA